UAUUGUGACAAGAAAGAGUCUCAGUGUGACAGAGAGAGGGACAUACAGUACAGGAGUUUCAGGACACGUGACUGUCGAUAAUCUAUUUCUGGCCUCAUAGACUGGAUUCUGCAGAAUCAUGCUGAGGUUCGUAGGAGCUCUCUUGCUGCCUCUGCUAGUGCUGUGUGACGUCCGUUUUCCUUUUGACUGUGACGAAAUCCACUCAAAAAGAGAGACCCUCAGUGAAGUCUACACCAUCUUUCCCAAAGGCAGCAGUUUCCCUGUCAAUGUUUACUGUGAGAUGGGCUGCAAGAACGAGGAUGAGAGAGGAGGAUGGACCGUGUUUCACAGGAGACUGGAUGGCACGCUGAACUUCUACAGGCCCUGGGAGGAGUAUGAGGAAGGCUUUGGGAAUGCGGCUGGGGAAUACUGGCUGGGUUUGGAGACACUCCACCUGCUGACCAGCAAGAAGAGGUAUGAGCUGCGAGUGGACAUGGAAGACUUUGAGGGCAACAGGGUUUUUGCCAAAUACGCCACCUUCUCUGUCGGCUCACCAAGGGACGGAUACAAGCUGACUGUCAGCGGCUUCACCAAUGGGGGCGCCGGUGACUCACUUACUCUUCACAAUGGGAUGAAGUUUAGCACCUUUGACCGUGACCAAGACAAUUGGUCUGGAAAUUGUGCCUCACAAUAUCUAGGUGCUUAUUGGUACAAUGCUUGUCACUAUUCCAAUCCCAAUGGGGUUUACGCCUGGGGUGCCACAAAGCUGUUUGCCAUUGGUGUGAAUUGGCAUCACUUUAAAGGUUACCACUACUCACUGAAGUUCUUCAGCAUGAAGAUUAGGCCUGUGGCUUAGUCACCUACCCCAUACAUCAGAAAUGGUCAUUACUAAAAGGGAGUGCAUUCUCUCUCU